UCUAUGGUUAUUCCGCAUUGAAGAUGAAUAGUGUUGGAGAGGGCUGCACUGACCUAAAACGGGAAUAUGACCAGUGCUUUAACCGUUGGUUUGCUGAGAAAUUCUUGAAGGGAGAUCGAAGCGGUGAUCCCUGUACCGAAAUGUUCAAGAAAUAUCAGCAUUGUGUCCAGAAGGCCAUAAAAGAAAAGGACAUUCCCAUUGAUGGGGUAGAAUUCAUGGGCCCAAAUAAAGAGAAAGGUGACAGAUGAGAUGGAUCUCCCCAACAACGUUGCCUUGUGACUCACUGGCAUCGCUUACUGGGCAUGCAAUGGAACAUGAACAGGGUGUCCACCAAUUUAGCUUGAAUUGGGUUUUGUUUGAGGUCGCUGUCCUCGUGUGGAGACUAAAGAGCAUUCAAAUGAAGGAUCCAAAGUGCUGAAUGACAAUUGGGAUUGGAUUUUGGGUAUUGAUUACAAAAGGAACCUAUGAAUCCAGACAUUUGGGUCAGACCAAUAAACAUCCAUGGUCACAAGAUGGAUAUAAUGUGGUGGGCACUUCAGAUGAUCAUUGUAAAAUGAUUAUGAUGCUUUGCAAAGGGAGUUUUAUUUAACUUUCUAAAUUCUGGAAUUGUCAAUGUCUAUUAGUGUCCUGGCAUACUAUUAGUGUCCUCAAGACAACUGAAGAGGGCAUCAAUGUGGAUGCAUUGGACUUGGUUCAUACUGUACAAGAUUAGAAGUUGUGGGUCUCUUUGCUCCAAGUAUUGUUUUUUACUGGAAUGCGUUUAGUUCAGUGAUGCAAUGUAAUGUGAUUAACAUAUACAUUGACAAAGCAAUAAAUAUAAUAAUCAUGUUUCA